UGGGAAAACUUGCAGGUUGCAGUUUCCAUGAUGUGUUCGGUCCCCGCGGGUGACGAAGCAAGGCAAGACAUCAAAGUUGAUUAAUAACUGAUGUCUACUGAAAAGUCGCCUGCGUUACAUUGACUCAGACUGCGGCUCUCACCCGACGCCAUAGGCCCUUGGCCUAGAGAUCCGGCGUACCCGCGAGCGUUCACGUCGAACGUAUAAUGAGGCUACGAAAGGAGAUGUUUAAAAUACAUCUAGAUCGACCCUGCGGAUAGUUGCCGAAGACUAGAAAAGAGACACUACUGUGGCUGAUUGGCGUUCCGUCUUUCCACCCACCGCCACCUACUAUGAUCUCCUUGCCCAGUAUAAACGAAAUGUUUCCAGAGCACCUGCUGGAUAGCCCCCCACCGACAUUGAUCACUUCCCAUGCUCGCCACACGCCGCCGACGAACAUAGCCCCUCUCAAGGUGCUCCGGUCCGAUCCUCCCUCCACCCCCUCCAAAGACCAACUACAGUCGUCUUCAUCACGACGUCGCACGUCAACUCCCACGUCAAGCGAAGAGGACGAUGACGUCCUGACCAGGGAGGAAAGGAAGUAUAUUUGUACGACUUGUAACAAGUCGUUCAAUAGGCCGAGUAGCCUCAGGAUACACGUUCACACGCAUACGGGUGCUACCCCAUUUCGUUGUCCAUUCCCCGGAUGCGGUAGGGAAUUCAACAUCAACUCCAACAUGCGCCACCACUACCGAAACCAUGCUAACCCUGGAACAGCAUCUCUCAUCCCAACUUCCUCCUCAUCGUCGCCCUCCUUAGCGUCUUCGGUGCGUUCAUACCAUCCCUACCAGAAACGCCGCAUAAACAAACUCGAGAAUACGUCUUCGUCGAGUAUGUCCUCUGAUGAUGAUGAGGAGCAGUUGCCACACAGGCCUCGACUUGCAUGAGAGGAGAAUCGAUCUCGUGGGUACGAUGAGGGAGCCUUUGAUACACACAGGUUAAGUGAUGUGCGUACCACCGGGGUCGAGUCCAAUCAUGCCGUCGGUCCGCAUUCGAGGGAUCAUUGACCGAGGUCCU